CCCCAGCCCAGAUCUGGAGGAGGAGCCGGGGAGCCCACGUUGCUGAGUAUCGGGGAAGAGGGGCCUGAACUCCAGCACUCCUGGGUCUGAGGGAGGAGACAGCUGGGGACCCCAGGUCCCGGUGCGAGGGCGGAGGCGGCUGGGGACCCACACUCCUGGCCCUAGCGGGUCAACCUGCGCCCCUCUUCACGCCCACCCUUCCCAUUUCCCCAUCUCUGAGCCGGGCCGGCCACUCCAGGUGGUUGCCCCCUCCCUCUCCUGAAAUGUCGGGGAGGAGGGGGACACCUGCGUUCUCCAAAGGGGCCCCCUGGAGCCUGGGGGCCCCCAGGCCUGGAGCUCGGAGGUGGAGGAGGUGCUGACAGAUCGGGUGCUGCAAGACAUGCUCCCCCACCCCCCAUGCACCCUCCCCAUCCUUCUCCUCUUCCUCCUCCCCAGCGUUCCAAUGGAGCCCCAUCCUCCACCCUCGCCUCUGCCCCCCUUUCUGGCCCCUGAGUGGGACCUCCUGUCUCCCCGCGUAGCCCUAUCCAGGGGUGCCCCCACUGGGCCCCCUCUGCUCUUCCUUCUGGAGGCUGGGGCCUUCGGGGAGUCGGCAGGGGCCGCAGCCAACCGCAGUCGGCGUGGGGUGAGCGAGACGGCGCCAGCGAGUCGCCGCGGUGAGCUGGCCGUGUGCGAUGCGGUCAGCGGCUGGGUGACAGACCGCCGCACGGCUGUGGACUUGCGCGGGCGCGAGGUGGAGGUGCCAGCAGCGGGCGGCAGCCCCCUCCGCCAGUACUUCUUCGAGACUCGCUGUAAGGCCGAUAGCUCUGGGGAAGGUGGCCCCGGUGGGGCCGGAGCGGGCUGCCGGGGUGUGGACCGGAGGCACUGGGUGUCCGAGUGCAAGGCCAAGCAGUCCUACGUGCGGGCGCUGACCGCAGAUGCCCAGGGCCGCGUGGGCUGGAGAUGGAUUCGAAUCGAUACUGCCUGUGUCUGCACGCUCCUCAGCCGGACUGGCCGGGCCUGAGGCCCCAGCCCAGGAACCCAUGGAGCAGAGAACCAAGAGAGCCGGCUGCUGAAGGACCUAGGGGGCGGCUUGGCUGCUCCGAGGGCUUUCAUUGGGGACCUCAACCUCGUCAGAGAUCACAAAGUCACAGCUCUCUGAUUUUGAGAGCUCAAUCCAUGCAGGAUGCGUCAUGCAACCAGAUGGGGUUUCUAAGGAUGAAUAGGAGUUCUCCUGGAAGAACCUGAGGGUAAUCAUGAGGAUGAUCACAGUGGCCAGUGUUUGCUGAGUGCUUAGUAUUUAUCAGCCGAAACACAACCCCUCAGGUCAACGCUUGCGGACUUGACUGCCGGAGGCCCUCGGCUUCACGAACUGACCACCUGGUCUCAGAGGACGUUGCCUUGCCCAUGCUGGGGAGAGGGACAGGAAAUAUGUUAAGUGGGUGGAGAGGGUAGAAACGAACAUGCAGACAACAGGCCAGGGAACCUUGAAAACAUGGUCCAUGGGGACUGGCAGAUGGCAUGAUG